CGCCAGCCGCGGAAGCAGGACUGUUGAACCCGCUGCAGGUAAGGACGGGGGCAGGGGUCGGUAGAUUAGACGACGCCUUGCCGCUUCGGGCUGUUGGUGCCCGUACAGUCUGUACUGUCUGAAUAUUCCCCGUAAUUUAUUUGCCAUACUAUACUUUGCCCUUCUGUCAUUCUGAUUGGCGCUAUUCCUAACGAUGAUGAUUUCUGUGGACUUUUUUCUUCUCGUCACGUUUUGUUCCCAAGACCCAUUAUGGACAGAGUGCGCCCUAAUCGUGGGGGGAAAGAAAGAGUCAACUCUUUUUUUUUUUUUUGCCCCAUUAUUAGCUUCUAUUACAGCGUAUUGCUCUACCUACCUUACCAGCUUGAUGGAAACGGAUGGAGAGGGAGAGAAAAUGGGGCAGAACCUCCCUCCCCUCAUAUACGCAACUCCUUCCUCCCCACAGCCAACACAUACGCAGCGGUUUGUCUGUUUGUCUGUUUGGACUGCUCAAAAAUGCAUCCAUCGAUAUACCAUGGCUCAAACAGGGCCCAAGAUUCGCGUGGCCGGAUCGCUACUCAUACCACAGGACGGGACAAUCAAUCCACCACUUCAACAACGGGCAUCAAAAAUUAAGGCGGUGAAUUUGGCUCUCGAAACUACCCGCAUCCAUCCGUCCCCAGAUCGUAAAACUGUAUGGAGCAGGCAAAUCAUCAUGAUCAUCAGCAACAGUAGUAGCAGCAGCAGCAGCGGUGGGAAAAUGACAAAAAUACACUCCUCAAACCACACGGAAUCUCGCAUGGGCAGGGAUAUGAAAAAAAAAUUCUCCGUCACCAGCUUCCGUGCACGCCAAUGCUCAUCAUCAUCAUUAACAAAUUUUAACUCUAGACAAAAUACUGUACAAUGCUACUGCUGCAUUGUCAGAAAAGAAAAAAAGAAAAAAAAGAAAAGAAGAAAAUUUACUCUCCAUAAUGCAUGCGAUUUGCCCUCUGCCUCCAAUUACAGUAUAGUAUGAGACUAGAAGCACAGAGGGAAGAAAGAGAAGGAAAAAAAAACAAGACAAACUAAAUUCCAGCUUGCAUCACAGAAGUUACUCGACGGACUCGAGCCGGCGGUGGUGCCAUUAAUAUUGUUCUCACAGCCAGCCAGCCUUUGAACCCAGGUGCGGGACGGACGGGUGCGGCCUGAACCAGUCUGAUAUAGGAGGGCUUCCGGGGAUGACUCUGUGAACUGGAAAAGCUUUCAAUUUUCUUUUUUUUUUUUUUUCUCUUACGUCGUCUUUUAU